AUGGACGCGGACAACGCCCCCGCGACCCUGCAAACCACGCCCGAGAGCCGGAGGGUCCACUUCAGCGAGAUGCUGCGCGUGUACCCCAUCCCCGCGAGACCUACCCCGCCACCGGCACCAGCACCAGCACCAGCAGCACGGCCGCCGACGCCGACGCCAACGCCAACUCCGCAGUCACCCUCCCCGCCACCCACCCCAUCAUCAUCGCCCAAGGCCGCAUGGCGCAAGGCAAAAGCGAAAGUGAAAGCGAGGAGCAAAAGCAGGCACUUCUCGCGCCUCCUCUUCUCCGCCAAGUCCUUGCGCCCCCAUCCCCCCAGCCUCGUGUCGCUGCGCCGUGACGUCCGCGCACAGGGACCCGAUGCUGCGAUUGCGGUGGCGGCGCUGGCGCUUGUUGCUGCUGGGGACGGGGACGACGACGAAGUGGACGCGCCCACUCCCAUGGCGGUGAGGGACUGCUCCCCCGCCCGCGCCCUCCGCUGCCGGCACCCCGUCACCGCCACAGCAGCAGGUGGAGACAGUGCCGCGCCCGCUCUCGCGCUCUGCGGGACGUGCAUCCGUCUCGAGCGCGCAGAGGCGGCAUACCACGCUGCGAAAUCCCACUAUGAGGCUGCUGAACGGGCGGGAUACGCGCGCUUCGUCGCUCUGAAAGCGGAGGGGAAGAUAGUAGAAGGCGAGGAUGAAAAUGGAGACGAGGAGAGCGAGAGACAGAUGGAGAUCGAGUUGGAGGUGCUGGAUGGGCUGUUGGAGCUUGUGAGGGAGCGGAGGCUGCGGUACAGGAGUGCGCGGUGUAGAGUUGCGAAUUUGGAUCUGGGGGUGUGGCGUGAGAGGGACGGAGAGAGAGAGAAGGAGGGGGCCGACGAGGCUCAGCAGCGUUCCCGUGCUCGCUGGGCGGACGUCUCGCCCUCCUUACAUCUCUCUCGCUCGUCCAGUCCAAUGCCAAUAACCACGCCGCCAACACCACGCACGCCCUCUCAUAACCCCACGCGCGUCCUCGUCCCCGCUAGCGUGUAUCUCGCGGGCUUUGAGAUCGUGGGCUCGGUGCCUGAUGGCGAUAGCGAUGGGAAGCAGACGGCGACGGUGCUGAGGGGGCCGGGCGGGGAGGGCGUGUUUGUGCUUCGUGAGGGGGUGCUGAUGAGGGUUGUUAGGUCGGGGGGUGUGGUGCGGAGGGGUGGGGUUGGGCUGAGGAGAGAGAGGGUUGUUGGUUGA